UAGCAGCUCCAUCCUCCUCACCAACAUGGCGCCAGCGUGCAGCUGCCUCACACACACUCACUCAAACACACACACUCACACACACACACACAGGGCAGCGCUCCGCUGAGUGUCUGAAGUGAGCGGCGACUCUGAGUCCGCUCUGCUUUCCGCUCUGCUCUCGGUUAUUUUCUCACACGGAGCUGGAUUUUCGUCUCUGGAUGGCGAGAACAUCGUAGUGUUUCUAGUUUCUUCUGGAAAGUCCGAAAACUCACCUGCUAAGCCUGAAUCUCCGCCGCCGCGGCUGCGAGCUGUCUGCCUGCCUGCCUGUCUGUCUGUCUGCUCCAUCUGUUUACUGCACUGUGUUCUUCAGGACGGAGCUUUCCGCCUUACUUUAACAUUAACACGGACUUUCCUCCACCAUCCGAGCCAUGUGACUGUGUUUGCAAGAAGAAGUGGUCUUCACCCAGGAGGACAUGCGUCUGAAGAUGAGCGAGAAUAACUACCCGCUAGAAGACAGGGACAGAGACAGACUUCCUCCCAUUCUAACCCAUAGUUUGGAUCGUGGACCGAAGCUACCUUUCUCCUCAUAUGGAAGCUUCAUCUCAACCCUGAACCACAAGAGAGAGUCGGGCAGUCACAGCCUUUCCACUCAGCUCCUCUUACCAGCAGUCCGACAAGUGAGAGAACUCCCCCCGAUCUGUCCAGAUGUUAGACAGAAGCAGCGGAUCUCUAUUGACGUCUUGCCUCCGGAAGUUAAAGCUCGCUUUGCCUCAGACCCCAUCAUACCCAUCCGCACCAAAACUGCCAAAGAGUUUCAGGAAGACAUUGAAAAGGCGACUAUCUCAGGUGAUUGGAAGCAAGUCCAUGAUUUCUACUUGACCACAUUUGACUCCUUCUUGGAACUCAAUGCUGCCUUUAAGAAGGAAGCAAAUGCUCCAUACAACACUAUUGAAGACUCAGGAAUAAACACCAAAUUUGUCAAUGCUGUUUAUGAUGCCUUACUUCACACGCCCCCAGACACUCAGAAAUCGGUCCUGAAGGGAAUCAUUAAUAGCUUAUUAAGGGAAUGGAAGGGGCCGAGGACAAAAGAUGACCUGAGGGCUUAUUUCAUUCUUGUGCAGAACCCUCAGUACACCAGCACAGCCACAUAUGUCAUCUAUGCACACUUACUGAGGCAAAUCGCGGCGCUGGCUGAAGCAGACCACCAUUUCCUGAUGCACUGGUUUAAGAAACUAUCUCAGAAGCGUUUUAAGCAGCUGGUGGAACGCCUACAGCUCUUCAUCACCACACGGCUGUUCCCUGCCAAACCAGAGGAGCUGCCGCCCAUGGCCAAGUGCUCUUGGUGGAUCCCGUCUGCCACUAAAGUCCUCUCGCUGCUCAAUGCUGCAAACAGCAUUUCUUCUCCUCCCAUCAUCCCCUUCUCCGAUUUCUAUAAUCUGACACUGGACCACAUCGACUUCAUGGAAGACUACCAGACGUGGCAAGCUCAUGGAAAUUCCAACAGGUUCACGUUCUGCCAGUUCCCCUUCAUCCUGUCAACAGUGGUGAAGAAGGCCAUCAUCCAGAGGGACUCUGAGCAGCAGAUGAUCAGCAUGGCCAGGCAAACCCUGGUGGACAAGGUUUCUCGCAGACAGAGGGUGGAUAUGAGUCUGCUCUUUCUCAACAUUAAAGUGAGGCGUCUGCAGCUGGUCAGUGACUCACUGGAUGAGCUUUCGAGAAAGAGAGCAGACUUGAAGAAAAAGCUAAAAGUGACGUUUGUUGGGGAAGCAGGCUUGGACAUGGGCGGACUCACAAAGGAGUGGUUUCUUCUCCUGAUUCGACAGAUUUUUCACACCGACUAUGGCAUGUUCUCAUAUGUGAAGGAUUCUCAGUGUCACUGGUUCAGUAGCUGGAAGUGCGACAACUGCUCGGAGUUUCGUCUGGUUGGAGCUCUAAUGGGCCUGGCUGUGUAUAACAGCAUCACCCUGGACAUCCGAUUCCCUCCCUGCGUCUACAAGAAGCUGCUGACCCCUCCCAUCGUGCCGUGUGACCCCGACGCCCCCGUCGGCAUGGCGACCCUCACCCUGGACGACCUGCAGCAGAUCAUGCCUGAUCUUGCUCAUGGCCUUGGGGAGCUGCUCAGUUAUGAGGGAAACGUUGAAGAGGACUUCUAUACAACCUUUCAGGUUUUCCAAGAAGAACUUGGAGCAGUCAAGUCAUAUAACCUGAAACCAGGAGGAGAUAAGAUCCCUGUCACUAACCAGAACAGAAAAGAGUACGUCCAGCUAUACAUUGAUUUCCUGCUGAAUAAGUCCAUCUACAGGCAGUUUGCGGCCUUCUAUCAUGGGUUUCACAGUGUGUGUGCCUCCAAUGCCCUGAUGCUGUUGAGGCCAGAAGAGGUUGAAAUCCUGGUCUGUGGGAGUCCCAAUCUGGACAUGAGCUCUCUCCAGAGGGUGGCACAGUACGAAGGCUACAGCAAGACUGACCCCACUGUCCGUGCAUUCUGGGACGUGGUUCUGGCCUUUCCGCUGGAGCUGCAGAAGAGGCUUCUGCACUUCACCACAGGAAGUGACCGUGUUCCAGUGGGAGGGAUGGCCGACCUCAACUUCAAAAUCUCCAAGAUUGACGUCUCCACAGACUGGUUGCCCGUGUCGCAUACGUGCUUCAACCAGCUCUGCCUGCCUCCCUACAAGAGCAAGAAGGAACUGAGGCAGAAGUUAACCAUUGCCAUUUCAAAUGCUGAGGGCUUUGGCUUGGAGUAAACUGUAAUGGUCCAGUGGAAAAGAUCAUUCCUUUCAUUACUUUGAUUUAGAAUCUGAACUUUUUUUAUUUGCCAAGUAUAAGCAGUUUGUCUUGGUGCAGGUGUUAACAUAAUUUCCAAUAAAAUAUGGAAGAAAUACAUAUUUUUACAUAUUUUUUCUUUAUUCUUAUUAAUAGUUAUGUUUAUAGCUGCACUGAGACCCAAGACUUGUACACUUUGUACUUGGGUAGUUGAAAGAUUCUGAUUGUGAUUGAAGUCUUUGAGGAAUAGUAGCUAAUUUCUUGUGUAAGGAAAGCACAUUAGGCCACAUUAGGUUUGUGAAUUCCACACUACAGCUAGGCCUGUCACAAUUAUUACAUAAUCAUAUGAUUGCAGUUGUUUGAGCUGACCUCAGUUAUUUUCCACAGUUAUUAGCGUUCACAGUCAUAUGUUUACAUCACAUCAUUGGUCUUGGAGAAACCUAAGUUUUAAGUUCUGAUUGGUGCUAUAACACCUAUAGAGGGCAGCAGUGAGUAAUGUUUGUUUAUUUGAGCUCGAGCUGUUUCUGUCGUCAGUUGGGAACUACUAAGUAUUGACCGCUAGCCUGAUAGCUAAUCGGCCAGUUUGGCCACUUUGGGCUUGUACUUUUAGUAGUCGCAAUCAUUGAAAGGACAAUUAAAUUGUUAUUUGCAGUUAUUUAUAUGGCAAUUAAUCAUCGCUAAAUGUUGAUUGUGACAGGCCUAACUGUAGCUAGAUUUGAAGUUUUACUAGCAUUUAGCCAUUUGAUAUGGCUAUGGUGUGAUAGGAUGUGUUGUGCUGUGUAUGUAAUUGUUAAUAGUUACACUUUGUCCUGAACCAGGAUUCUAGGAAGAAUCCAGUUAAUCUGUACCGCAUACCUAGAGGGUUUCAGGUAUUGGACUCAUAUGCAUAUUUGAUUGCAUUACGUACAUCAUAGACCAAACCUUGUGUUGUAUUAGAACAUUUCAUUUUAGUAUGAAUGACACAGAAUAUCAGCAUUUGAUAUGUUUAAGACUUAAAGCAGAAGCCUACUUGGUAAUGAAGGAGAACUAUGUAAAUGGUUAGUGAGAGCAAACUUCAGUUUGACAACUUCGAGACUGGCUGGCAGGAGUGAAGUCUACUAAUGUAAUCCCACAGUCCGCCAGUGAAGAGGCUGAAAAUAGGCCAGAGAGAGGCUUGCUGUGUGUGAAAAUAGCUUGGCAAACAGUCUGUCACUAGCACUGCCUCUGCUCUGAGUGCUUAAAGUGACAGUACUCCAUCUCCCUGGCUACACUCUCUGGUAAUUCCAAGUCAUUUUGUCAGGCUGUAGUUGAGUCAAAAUAUUCCUCCGCUGUUCUAAUGUAGGGCCGUUAAAGCUGUUAAUGUUUCUGGAAUUGAAUUAGAAAUCACUCAUGCUCAGAAAUGGUCUUGUUAUGUAUAUAAUAGUGCAACAUGUUGACGACCCUUUCUUAACCUCUGAAAGGAAAACAACCAUGCUAACGUCUGCUUUUGUGGCCAUUACAGUGACCAUUGUGAUGACUAGCCAUGAGGAGGGCUGUUAGUUUGUACUAGAUUCGUGUUGAGUAGAGAUUGGAUGCUGAUGGGAUUAAUUUAUUGUCUGACUGUCUCAUGUCUGGUUUUGUAUCAUUUCUUAACUCGUUAUGUCAAAAAAGAACUAAUGAAAAUUCAAGUGAUGGAAUUAGUGAUGGCAGUUUGAAGUUGAGCGAUCUUGCUAAUAGUCAAAGAACUUCUCUUGCCUCUUCUCCUGAAUGGCUGAACUUUGGUCGCGUCAUAUGAACUGUUUGUAUCACAACUGUCAACCACAAUCUUGCAAGCGUUCACUUUAUUGCUUAAUGUCUUGUAUGACUGAAUACAAAUGUAUUUGCCAUGUAUUUAUUUCAACAUUGCUCAUUCUCAGUGAUUAAAGUUUUACAGCAACACUGUUUGACAUUUGAUAAUCAUUCAUUGUAAUAACUUAAGCACUUU